AUGUCGGAAUGCGGAGGCCGCGGCGGCGGCGGCAGCAGCAGCAGCAGCAGCAGCGACGACGCCGAGGACGAGGGUGGCGGCGGCGGCGGCGGCCCCGCGGGCUCCGGCUCCUUCAGCCCGGCCCCGGCCGCAGCGUCCUCGGCGGGCCGGCUCCGCCGCGGGCUGCGCGGCGCCUCCCUCAUGGCGCGCCGGCGGCCCGAGCUGCUCUGCGGGGCGGUGGCGCUCGGCUGCGCGCUGCUCGUCGCCCUCAAGUUCACCUGCAGUCGAGCAAAAGAUGUGAUAAUACCAGCAAAGCCACCUGUCAGCUUUUUCUCCUCGAGGUCUCCGGUUCUUGACCUCUUCCAGGGCCAGCUGGACUACGCAGAGCACGUUCGCCGGGACUCAGAGGUAGUACUGCUGUUCUUCUACGCUCCAUGGUGUGGACAGUCCAUCGCCGCCAGGUCAGAGAUUGAGCAAGCAGCGAGUCAGCUUUCAGACCAGGUGUUGUUUGUGGCAAUUAACUGUUGGUGGAACCAGGGGAAAUGCAGAAAACAAAAACACUUCUUUUAUUUCCCUGUGAUAUAUCUGUAUCAUCGGAGUUUUGGACCAAUCGAAUACAAAGGCCCCAUGAGUGCUGUUUACAUUGAGAAGUUUGUCCGCCGGGUGAUGAAACCACUUCUCUACAUCCCAUCUCAAUCAGAAUUACUAGAUUUUCUCUCAAACUACGAGCCUGGAGUCCUUGGCUACUUUGAGUUCAGUGGCUCACCCCAGCCUCCUGGUUAUCUGACCUUCUUCACUUCAGCGCUGCACUCACUAAAGAAAGAUUACCUAGGAACAGUACGAUUUGGGGUUAUCACAAAUAAACAUCUUGCGAAACUGGUAUCCUUAGUACACUCUGGAAGUGUGUAUUUACAUAGACAUUUCAACACAUCACUUGUCUUUCCCAGGGAGGCUGUCAACUACACAGCAGAGAACAUCCAUAAGUGGGCCUUAGAAAAUCGAGAGGCGCUCCUCCGAUGGCUGCGGCCACACGGCGGCAAGAGCCUCCUGCUGAACAAUGAACUGAAGAAGGGGCCAGCGCUUCUUGUAUUUUUACCUUUUAAUCCUUUAGCCGAAAGCCACCCCUUAAUAGAUGAGAUCACCGAAGUGGCCUUGGAGUAUAACAACUGUCAUGGGGACCAGGUGGUGGAGCAGCUCCUGCAGCACCUGCGGCGGGCAGACGCCCCGCUAUUGAGGCCUCUAGCACCUGAACCCCCUGAGCAGCUGCCGGAGCCGCCGCUGAUCACGGCAUCCCCCUGCUGUAACACCGUGGUGCUGCCCCAGUGGCACUCCGUCUCCAGGACCCACAACGUCUGCGAGCUGUGUGUCAACCAGAGCACGGGGGGCGUCAGGCCGAGCUCGGUGGGCAUGCCUCAGUGCAGCUUUUUUGAGAUGGCGGCAGCUCUGGAUUCUUUCUACCUCAAGGAGCAGACAUUUUAUCAUGUGGCAUCGGACAGCAUAGAAUGCAGCAAUUUUCUGAGUUCCUAUAGUCCCUUCAGCUACUACACUGCAUGUUGCAGGACCAUAAACAGGGCCGUGACGGGCUUCAUUGAUUCUGGACAAAGUGUCUUUGAAACCCCGACCAUCACGUUUUCUUCCCUUGAGAAGAAAUGUGAGGUCGAUCCCCCAGGCUCCGUUCCUCACAUUGAGGAGAACAGGUAUCUCUUUCCUGAGGUGGACGUGAGUAGCACAAACUUCACAGGCCUGAGCUGCAGAACCAACAAGACCCUGAACAUCUACCUUUUGGAUUCAAAUUUAUUUUGGUUAUAUGCAGAGAGGCUGGGGGCUCCGAGUGCCACUCGGGUGAAGGAAUUCGCCACGAUUGUUGAUGUGAAAGAAGAGUCUCACUAUAUCUUGGAUCCAAAACAAGCUCUUAUGAAGUUCACCCUAGAGUCUUUUAUUCAAAACUUCAGCGUUCUCUACAGUCCCUUGAAAAGACAUCUUAUAGGAAGUGACUCUGCCCAGUUCCCUUCUCAGCAUCUAAUCACUGAAGUGACAACUGAUACCUUUUGGGAAGUGGUCCUUCAAAAACAGGACGUUUUGCUGCUUUAUUAUGCACAGUGGUGCGGCUUCUGUCCAUCCCUCAAUCACGUCUUUAUCCAGCUAGCUCGCCUCCUGCCGUCGGACACAUUCACUGUGGCAAGGAUUGAUGUAUCUCAGAAUGACCUUCCAUGGGAAUUUAUGGUCGACCGUCUUCCUACUGUUUUAUUUUUUCCCUGCAACAGAAAGGACCGUAGUGUGAAAUACCCUGAAGACCUUCCUGUCACCCUUCCCAACCUGCUGAGGUUCAUUUUGCAUCACUCAGACCCUGCUUCUACCCCCCAGAACUUAGCUAACCCUCCUACCAAAGAGUGUCUUCAGAGCGAGGCAGUCUUCCAGCAGGGGCACAUCUCCCAUUUGGAGAGAGAGAUCCAGAAACUGAGGGCGGAGAUCAGCACCCUUCAGAGAGCACAAGUGCAGGUGGAGGCCCAGCUGUCCAGUGCGCGCAGGGACGAGCACCGGCUGCUCCGGCAGAAGCAGACCCUGGAGAAGCAGCACAGCCUGCUUCAGCUACACAGCGAGCAGCUGCAGACCCUGUAUGAGCAGAAAACCCACGAGCUUGAGGAGGUGGCCCAGAAGCUCCAGGAGCUGGCCGAUGCCUCGGAAAACCUCCUCACUGAGAACACGUGGCUCAAGAUCUUGGUGGCGACCAUGGAACGGAAGCUGGAGGGCAAGGAUGGAGCCGAAAACCUCACUCCCCACAAAGAGGCAGGCUCUGGCCACCCCAACCCUUCGGGUGUCCCCCGGCUACCUGGCGGCAGCCCCCCGCCUUCCAACAGCAGCUCCACGCUGGCGUCUGAAAGGAGCAAUGAGAACAGGACAGACUAACUUUUACAAUGACAUGAAGAAAUCAGAGAUGGAAACUGUACUUUGGGAAUAUAUUUAUGCAAAUUUUAUUGAAAUUUAUUGUAAAUAAAGAUUUUCUCAGUGGUCUAGAAAAUCAA